ACCGACCGAACUGUGCAGCAGCAGCCGCAGCACACAGACCGCCUCGUGUCCAAUGUCACCGCCGGGCAGCGGGGAUAGGAUGGAUUCGGCACCAAGGUUGGUAGACAUGGCUGUCACGGAUUCACGAAGACACAGUGCACAUCCAAGUCCUGGUUGGCGCCCUGUGGCUGCACCCUGACACAAUCACCUGUUCAUCCUUUCAACCUCUCACAUCCUUCUCCUCUUCCCUCCUCCUCACCUCGUGGCCUAUUAAUACGACGGAGACACAAAAGGCUCCAUUAAAGCCCCCGCCGACGGCAGUGAGCAUGAAUCCGAUAUUAAACGCUUUGUCGGAUCUUCGGACGCAGCUAUAAGGGAGGGAAAGUGGAAGAUUGACCGAGGAGAUAAAAACUAAAAAAAAAUGCGACGCCACGUUAUUCUUUUGUGGCUAGCUUCAGCUGCAGCUUAAUUGAGACAUUUCGGAGGAAGCAUGGGCUCUUAAAUGCAAAUAUGAUCUGAAUACUGACCUCAAAUAUAGGAAGAUGAUGUAAAUAAUGUUUUUGCUAUGAAUGAGCUGCCUGUCCAACAAGGUGGAUUUUCCCUGGAAAUGGCUCACACACCUAAAGGCAUGGCCUAAGCCCGCUCCACCCUGAGCGUCCCCCCGCAGGAUGACUGCUGUCUGCCCCUCUGAGAGCAGCCCCGAUGGGGCUGAGGCUGGGACCGGGACGGCAGGCACCACUGGGAACAGCUCAGUCUCCGGAGCAGAGUCCAGGGAGUCUAACGCAGACUCUGUCCGUGGGUCCACUGUAGGGAAAGUUGUAGUCGCUGACGGACAAAGGUACAGCCGCUGGAGCCGGCAGGAUAGCUCUGACAUCAACACGGAUGACGAGGGAGCCACCGUCCGCCGCCUAACCCCUCUGGAAAGGUUGAACCUGGACAUGUGUCAGGAUGAAAGGGUGGUCCGUGAGCUGACAGUGGGCAGAAGAAUUGCCUUCUACAAGAUUCGUGGCGAGAUAGGGUGUGGAAAUUUCUCCCAUGUCAAACUAGGAAUUCAUGCUCUUACAAAAGACAAAGUGGCCAUUAAGAUCUUAGACAAAACUAAGUUGGAUCAGAAGACUCAGAGGUUGCUUUCCAGAGAGAUCUCCAGCAUGGAAAAACUACACCACCCCAAUAUCAUACGCCUGUAUGAGGUGGUGGAGACCCUGUCACGGCUCCACUUGGUGAUGGAGUAUGCAGGUGGAGGGGAGCUCUACACCAAGAUCACUACAGAGGGAAAACUUUCCGACACUGACGGCAAGAUCGUCUUUGCUCAGAUUCUCUCGGCUGUGAAACACAUGCAUGAAAAUAACAUCAUCCAUCGUGACCUGAAGGCAGAAAACGUCUUCUACACGAGCAGCUCUUGUGUCAAAGUUGGGGACUUUGGAUUUAGCACGCUGAGCCGUCGCGACGAGACCCUCAACACUUUCUGCGGCUCGCCGCCCUAUGCUGCUCCAGAGCUGUUCCGGGACGAGCAUUACGUGGGAGCUUACGUAGAUAUUUGGGCUUUGGGGGUCAUGCUGUUUUUUAUGGUGACAGGCAACAUGCCGUUCAGGGCAGACACUGUGGCCAAACUGAAGAGAUGCAUCAUGGAGGGGGCCUAUGUACUACCCACAUGGGUGCCGGAGGCAUGCCAGAGGCUCAUUAGGGGGAUUCUCCAGCCCAUCCCAUCUGACCGCUACACCGUGGAGCAGAUGAUGGGCUGCGAGUGGCUGCUCCCCGUGGAAUUCCCGUGUGCCAUGGAGCCCUUUAAGCUAGAUCCGUCUCACCUCGCUGAGCGCAAACCGGCUGAACUUCCGGAGGAGGAGCUGGAGGUGAAGGCUGCGUUAGAAACUCUAGGAAUCACUUCAGAGCACAUCUUCAACAACCAGGGCAAAGACUGCAGGAGCUCCAUCACCGGGGUCUAUCGGAUCCUGCUACACCGGGCGCAGAAGAAACGGGUGGUCGAGAGGACGCCCGCCGUCACACAGAAAGUCGGACCGACCGCAGCGAACAAGAAGGAGCGCCUAAAAGUGUAUCGCAGUUUGAGGCACACAUCCAAACUGUGUGUGAUUCUGUGACAAAGAUGUUAUGCUUCGCUAUGGAAGUUCACUGAUUAUACGCUCUGGGGUGAAAUGACAUGAAUUGGGAACACUUUUCGGUCCAGUAGUAUAAAUGAAAAUAACGAUACUAAAACCUCACUCACCUUAUGAAACGUAAUAUUUCUUUCUUAGUAUCGUUUGUUUAUCCUGUAAAUCUAGUCUCUGUGAGAAGGCUGCAGAACGUUUAUUGAUAAUAUCCAUUUUUUUUCUGAAAUGGAAUUAUUAUCUAAUUUAAAAUGGAGUGGAAUGUAAAUUACUGAAGUCAGCAUAAUGGUUAGGUUGCUAACAAAUUAAUUUGGGUCAUAUAGAAAAUGUACUUCUAGCUUACAUGAGGUUUAUGCUUCAUGGUUGAAAUUACUAUUAGCCUCUGAGGAAACAGUAUAACAGGAACAGGCUUCAAAAAGGUUAGAAAUCAAUGACAUGAAAACUAAAACAUACAUUCUGUACAUUAAAUAUGGUAUAUUUAAUGUUUUUCGCACCUUUUUCCAAUCCCUUAGUUUUUUUGUUGUUUUGAAAUCAAACUGGUUUCAGUAAUGUAUGUGAAAAGACAAGCGGAAGGUUCACAUAAAGUAUGUGAUGUAUCUCUAUGAGAUGUUCAAAAAUAUUUACCUCACCGACCUGAAUAUGUUACAUUUUUACUUAGAAAGGUCAGUAUAUAAAAUGAGCGUCCAAUACACAUAUACCAACUUACAGAACGUUUAUUCAUGGAAAAAAAAAAAAUUCAGGUUUGAAGACUGAGACAAAUUUUCUCAGAAUAUCAGGUUUUCUAAAUCAUGCAAUGCCAUGUCAAUGCUAAUGUUCUGAUUGAAAUAAAUGUAAAAUUAAAACUAAACUGCCUCUGUUCAUUGAAGAGUUAAUGCUGAAAAUAAAUUAAUUUAUUUA